AUGGGGUUGGAAUGGGUGGGAAUCAUCAAAUCUUGGGAACGGGAGACUCGGUUGGAAUGGGUGGAAAUCAUCGAGCCUCGGACCCGGGAGCGCAUGUACGCCAACCUGAUCACGGGGGAGUGCGUGUGGGACCCCCCCGCCGGCGUGCGGAUCAAACGCACCAAUGAGAACCAGUGGUGGGAGCUCUUCGACCCCAACACCUCCCGCUUCUACUACUACAAUGCCACCACGCAGAGGACGGUGUGGCACCGUCCCCAGAACUGCGACAUCAUCCCGCUGGCCAAGCUGCAGACGCUGAAGCAGAACACGGAGUCGCCGCGGGCUUCCACGGAAAACAGCCCCGGCAGGAGCAGCAAUGUCAGCAGGGAGGGAAGCACCAGCUCGUCCUUGGAGCAGGAGCUGGAAGGCAACGAGAAGGUGCAGGAGCAGCGGUCGAGCCGCCAGUCCAGCCAGUAUUCCGUGGUGAAGGAGGAAACGGAAAGUUCGUCGCCUUCCGGAGUGUUCGAGAAGGAAUACGACAUUUAUCGGGAUUACAGCGCGGAAGGACAACUCCUGCACUACAGGACCUCAUCCCUCCGAUGGAACGCCGGCACCAAGGAGCGGAUGCUGAUCAAGGUGACGGAUCGGGAGCCCAGCUUCCUCCUCCACCAAGGCAACGGCUACGCCCCGGAAAACCAACCGGGCUCUCGCUCCCGCCGGCCCUCGGGCGGCCAACAGUCGCCCAACCUCCAAACCUUCUCCUCGGAUGCCGACAACUCCGUCUUCUUCCCGGAGAGGAAGCAGUCGCCCUUCCUGAAGAGGGCCGAGCACGUGGGCAGCUGCUCGCCGCUGCUGGGCCGGGGCGAUUCCUUCUGCUCGCCGCUCCAAGCCCAGCACCGCAAACAUUCCAGCGAAUCCCAGCCCUCGUCGCCCCGCUACGCCUACGAGCCCCCGCUCUACGAGGAGCCCCCCAUGGAAUACCAGGCUCCCAUCUACGACGAGCCUCCUGUGGACAUGCAGUACGAAGCCAGCGGGAGCUACAAGGCCGGCUCGCCGCAGAAAUCGCCCAUCCGGAAGCCUCACCCUUUCCUUCAGUCGCCCAAGCAAGGCUCCAACUCGCCCUACCAGCAGUUGGUGCUCACCAAGCAGAAGUGUCCCGACCGCUUCAUGAGCCUGGAAUACAGCCCGGCCGGCAAGGAAUACGUCCGGCAGUUGGUCUACGUGGAGCAGUCGGGCUCCAGCCCCAAGAUGAAGACGGGCUUGAGGCACAAAUACUCCCCCAACCCCAUCGGUGGCUCCUACUCGCUGCAGCACAGCCCCUGCCUGGUGCGGGACCAACGCCUGGAGAUCAAAUCGGGCGACUACAGCAGCAUGGAGGGACCCGACUUCUGCCCCGGCCCCACGGGCACCCAGGUGGCCCAGGGCGAGGACUCCAUGUCGUGGUCCAGCCAGCAGGACACCUUGUCCUCCACCGGUUACUCGCCCUCCACCAGGAAGAGGAAAAGCCGGAAGCCUUCGGUGAACCACGACGCCAAUGCCUCCUCCACGGACGGCUCGGGGGAGCGGGAGGCGUUGGGCGAGCUGGGUGAGGAACGAGCCGCGCCGGGACCCAACAGGUCACCGAUGAACCGGACGGAGAGCAAGGCGGCCGAGGCGGAGGCGGCGCGGGGCUUCCCGGAGCCGUUCCUGGCGCAGGCGCGCCUGGCGUGGGAAGCGCAGCAGGCCCACUACCACAUGAAGCAACGGAGCAGCUGGGAUUCCCAAAAGGACGGUUCGGGCUACGAGAGUGACGGAGCGCUCCCGCUGCCCAUGCCGGGCCCGGUGGUGCGAGCCUUCAGCGAGGACGAGGCGUUGGCGCAGCAGGAGAACAAGCACUGGAAGAGGAACACCUUUGAGAAGCUGGGCUUCCCCCAGAUCCUGCUGGAGAAAAGCGUCUCCGUCCAGACCAACCUGGCCUCCCCUGAGCCCUACCUACAUCCAUCUCAGUCCGAGGACCUCGGCGCCUGCGCGCAGUUCGAAAACAGCCGGCAGACGCGGAACAUGAUGCCGAGCGCCAGCUGCGUCUUCCCCACCUUCAACCUGCGCAAGCCCUCCUCGGAGACGGACAUUGAGAACUGGGCCUCCAAGCACUUCAACAAGCACACCCAAGGGCUCUUCCGACGGAAGGUCUCCAUCGCCAACAUGCUGGCCUGGAGCAGCGAAUCCAUCAAGAAACCCAUGAUCAUGACCAACGACCGCAACGUCAAGAAGGAGGCGUGCGAGAUCUUCAAGCUCAUCCAGAUGUACAUGGGCGACCGGCGGGCCAAGACGGACCAGCUCAACGUGGCCUUGGAGAUCGCCACCAAAGGUUGGAGCAUGCAGGGGCUGCGAGAUGAGCUCUACAUCCAGCUGUGCCGGCAGACCACCGAGAACUUCCGAUACGAGAGCCUGGCUCGCGGCUGGGAGCUCAUGGCCAUUUGUUUGGCCUUCUUCCCACCCACUCCCAAAUUCCAUUCCUACCUUGAAGGAUACAUUUACCGGCACAUGGAUCCGGUGAAUGACACCAAAGGGGUGGCCAUCAGCACUUAUGCCAAGUACUGCUACAACAAACUCCAGAAAGCGGCGCUGACCGGGGCCAAGAAGGGCCUGAAGAAGCCGAACAUUGAGGAGAUCCGUCAUGCCAAGAACGCCGUCUUCAACCCGUCCAUGUUCGGCAGCUCGCUGCAGGACAUCGUGGCCAUGCAGAAGGAGCGGUACCCGGACCGGCAGCUGCCCUGGGUCCAGACCCGGCUCUCCGAGGAGGUCCUGGCACUCAAUGGGGAUCAGACUGAGGGCAUCUUCAGGGUCCCCGGUGACAUUGACGAGGUCAACGCCCUCAAGCUGCAGGUGGACCAAUGGAAGAUCCCCACCGGCUUGGAGGACCCGCACGUUCCCGCGUCGCUGCUGAAGCUCUGGUACCGCGAGCUGGAGGAGCCGCUGAUCCCCCACGAGUUCUACGAGCAGUGCAUCUCCCACUACGAGAACCCCGAGGCCGCCAUCGCUGUUGUCCACUCCCUGCCCCGGAUCAACAAAAUGGUGCUGUGCUACCUCAUCCGCUUCCUCCAGGUCUUCGUGCAGCCAGCCAACGUGGCCGUCACCAAGAUGGACGUCAAUAACCUGGCCAUGGUGAUGGCCCCCAACUGCCUGCGCUGCCAAUCGGACGACCCGCGGAUCAUCUUCGAGAACACGCGCAAGGAGAUGUCCUUCAUCCGUGUCCUCAUCCAGCACCUGGACACCAGCUUCAUGGAGGGCGUCCUAUAGCGGCCGCCACCACGCUGUCCCCACCCCGCCACCGGCCCCCUGUCCCCUCCGAGGGUCAAAGUCCCCAGGUGGUGGCACCUAUCUCCACCAAGAACCAGGAGGCCCAAGAGGUUCUCCAACUUCACCACGUGGUGAGCUCCGUCUCCACCAAAAACCAGGAGGCCCAUGCGGUUCUUCGCCACGUGGUGAGCUCCAUCUCCAUCAAGAACUGGGAGGUCCGUGAGGUUCUUCAACUUCAUCACGUGGUGAGCUCCAUCUCCAUCAAGAAUCAGGAGGUUUCUGAGGUUCUUCAGCACGUGGUGAGCUCCAUCUCCACCAAGAACCAGGAGGUCCGUGAGGUUCUUCACUGUGUGGUGAGCUCCAUCUCCACCAAGAAC